CUUUACCAACAACCUCUUGCAGUCAAUGUACUCGUAAGAGUACAUACUUUCGCUCGUUCAACAGCUGUGUCUACAUACCGGUAUCAUUGCGCAGUGUUGAGUUCACCCCAUUCAUCUAUUAAGCUGACACGUGACUAGAAAAUCAGCCAACGAAGGAACAGAUAUUGGAGCGACAGGUUUAGUAAGUGACUCAACCUGUAUCUAACACAGCAAAGACACAUACUCACUCCACACACACACACACCUGCUUGGUCGAUAGUGUUGAAAGUCUGUGUCCAUGUCUCAAAGAUUCAAACGUCUGUCAACGUGAGUAGACUGAUAUAUCGUGUUUAGCAUUACAUGUUUGUCUCAAGUCCCUGUAUUGCGCAUGUAUGGAUGGACUCUGUCAACUAUACUGUCUUUUAUCGUUCGUAUCACGUACAGCGUGCAAAACUUUGCCCUUUCAGGCCCAUCUGUAGGCUUCGAUGAAUUCGUUAUCGUUAAUUGUACCACUAGAGGACCAACUGUUUCUGUAGCUUGGUUAGAAACCAAAAAUGUUCCGCUUUAUGAAGGCGGUCGAACGAAGAUAGCACCAAAGGUCGAUCCCAUGUUAUCGAUAACAGACACUUGUUGUUCCAUAAGGACCUGGAACGUUACAGUAAAAAAUAAAGGAUCCCUAGUAGCAUGGAGAUGGAGAAAUUCUUCUAAAGAGAUCGUAACGUGUGAAGGAGCCGAUGUUGAAUUAUUUUGUAACAUCACGAGCAUUUCUUACUCUCGCGUGAAUUGGAGGAGGAAGAGGGAUUUGUUUCCAGGAAAAUCCUUGCGGUUAUCAAAUGUUCAACGUGAAGAUCACGGUACAUAUUGGUGCGAAGUGAGUAAUGCGGCAGGAGGGAUGCUGAAGAAGGAUAUCACACUCGUAGUUGAAUUUCCACCCAUGAUUACAGUGCCAAAUAAAGAAAUCAAUGGUUCUUACGACGGUGAAUGCUUUCUUCAGUGUACAGUAGAGGCCUAUCCGACUCCGUCGAUAACUUGGUACAAAGAAGAUAUUGCUUUAGAUGUACAGUCGGAUCCAUAUUUCGAUAUCGCGAUGCAAGAAACUGGAAACUGUACCACAAUUUCUAUAUUAAAAGUGAUUAUUGUAUAUAAUGGAACUUUAAUUAAAAGUAAUUUCGGAAAUUAUACCUGUCAAGCACAGAAUAGGCAUGGUACUUCAGCUGCUAGUCUUCGAAUUAUGGUUCCCGAUGAUGUAGUAACAGAUGGACAUUUUGUUCAAAGAAAGUUUAACGUGACAGGAUUCAUUAUCGGGAUGCUUCCUCCAAUAUUCAUAUCUGUAUACAUUAUUAUUAAGUUGGGUUAUCGUUCUCGCUAUGCAGAAGAAAGAGCAGAAGAAGAGGGUAUGCAAGAGGAACCAUUUUUUGUCAGUCACUAACUUUUUAUGUGUUUAUUGCCAAAUUGUUUAGCUGGUUGCGGACCACACUCUAUUCAAAAUUCUGAGGGUCCAAGUGACUGAAGAUAUUAUUAAUACAUAUUAUACAUAUAUAUUAUACACCUGUAUAAUUUUUUUAUUAUGUAGCGUCUUCUCUUUCAUCAAAGAUUCUUAGAAUGAAAAGUAUAUAAAGUAUAUAUACAUAUAUAUAAAUAUAUUUCGUCACUCUUCACACAUUUUUGCUUCCACUAUACAAAGAUAUUUGCAAUUAAUUGACUAAAAUGUUGAUUAUUUUUACCAAGUUUUCUUGGAGCACUCUCCGUCUCUUUCAGCAAAAAUGAUUGAAAACUCUUUUCUUCAGCACGAAAAAUAUUAAAAGCUAUGCCAAAGCACGUCCAUAUGCAGUUUCGACCAAAUCAUGUACAGUAUACAUAUACAUAUAUAUAUAUAUGCCUGUAAAAAAUUAAUAAUUAAAAAAUGGGAUUUUAUAUAAAUAAACUUUGUACAAUC